AUGCCAGAUAUGCUCUACAAAAAGGAAAUCGGUGAUACGAAAGAUGUACUGCAGGACAUCGUCGUCGUCGUCACGCUCAUUACUACGCUAGCAAAAUCGUUCGGUUCAGCGGGUAACCUUUAUCGAAAGCUGAAGAAGAAAACCAAGAACACCAAGAAAGGCCUCAAAGAAGAUAUCAAGCAAGAGAUUGAAGAGCAUUUGCCUGAGCCUGAACGUCCUCGUCAAGGGGAUGCGCGCUCUGAAGAGGCCCGGCACGACCGCCGAUGGCGGAGUCGAAGUAGGCAUCGACGAGAGGAGUCCUGCGACAGCGGCAAAGAGUCUAUCGAGCAUGCGUAUGAGCUCGUUCGCGCGGAGUAUGACCGAGGCUACCAUCGCAUAGGCGAGAAGUAUGCUGUUGGAGACUUGAUAACACGCAACCAACUACAAGCACAGAUCAUUGCUCUUCAACAAAGACUUCUCUAUACAUAUGAGGACAUCAUACUAGACCCCGAGUUUUCGCGCCAUCCUCCAUCGUACCAUCUAAAAGAACUCGUCCACACAACGCGCGCCGCUCGCGUAGCAGUCAUCGAUGCACUUGUGAUGCAGUCCCAACGCAUGUUACCAUCACCAAUACCCACACAUACGGCUCGUCUACUCCCGGAAGACUUUCCCACGUCGCCUAUAGUGCACCAACCCCACGACGUUGUCCUGCACGAACACCAAACCAAGCUCGUGAAGCACAUUGACCAUCGCUCUGCAUCCCGUAGUCCCAUACGGAAUACGAAGGAGUCACCAGAUCUCUACUGCCUCUACGCUCGCAACCUCCAGCGCAACUCGUCCCUCCCUCUCGCCGACACAUUCAAGUCAGGCGGUAAUGGCUGCUGUCCGUACUGUCAUGAGCACAUAUCCACAAACCCGACGAAAGCGUGGGAAAUCCCAAAGGAAGAUGAACAGCGGAAGGGGGGUCACCGAACGUUCCUGAUUGGAAUGAGGUUCUUGGUGAAGUGUCAUCGAAUGGGCGGAGGGUUUGCAUGUAUGCUGUGUAGUAGGUGGAAAGAGGCGGAUACAGUCUGUGGAGAGGUGAGGGCUCUGGUCGAGCAUUUGUGGAAGGAGCAUAGUUGUGUGGAGUUGGAGGGUGAUGAGAAUAUUGGAGAGGAGCGGUAA